CGCUCGCUGAUGUUGCUGCUGCCAUGUAGAAGCUCUGAUGAAUCAAUGGAGAUCCAAGUUGAAGCACUACCUGAUCCUCUCGUCAGCCGGCAAGCCCAUCUACAGCCGCCACGGCGACGACCAGCUCAUCGCCAACACCAUCGGCGUCGUGCAGACCAUCAUAAACUUCUACCAAGACGCCCAUGACGCCAUAAGGGGCUUCACGGCGGGCCGGGCCCGCUUUGUUAUCCUCACAAAGGGUCCAUUGAACCUGGUCGCCAUCAGCAAGCUGGGUGAAAGCGACGGCCAGUUGCGCACGCAGCUAGAGUCGCUGUACAUGCAGAUCCUUUCCACCUUGACGCUCCCGAGCUUGGAGCGCAUGUUCCGUGCAAGAGCGUCGACGGACCUGCGUAGGCCGUUGCAAGGCACGGAAACGCUCCUCUCCGCGCUGGCCGAUGGUUUCACCCGAGGCUCUCCGUCGACGCUCUUGUCGGCGCUCGAGUGCUUGAGAUUACGGAAGACGCAGCGGCAGGCGAUUAAUAAUAUCUUCCUCAAGACCCGUGCGCCGAACCUGUUGUACGGGCUCAUUGUCGCCGGCGGGCGCCUCGUCAGCGUGGUGCGUCCGAAGAAGCACUCGUUACACCCGGGCGACCUGCAGCUCAUCUUCAACAUGCUGUUUGAAGCGGGCAGCGUCAAGGCUGGCGGCGGUGAGAACUGGAUUCCGCUGUGCCUACCCGGCUUCAACAACACGGGCUACCUGUACAUGUACGUGAGCUUCCUAAGCGUGAACGACCAAGACGCAAGCCGCGACGAGAGGCCGUCGACAUCGUCGGGCGAGGACGACGAGAUUGCGAUUCUGCUCAUCAGCGCAAACAAGGAGGGCUUCUACGAGCUGCGGCAGAUGCGCGACGAUCUGAUCGAGCAACUGGAGAAGAACGGCAGCAUGGCGCACAUUAAGACGGCGGUGAAAAGGGGCCGGCUGGCCUGCACCGACAUAGCACCCGGCACAGUGCUGCGGCAUUUCAUCUACAAAUCGCGCGGCAACGUGCAGUUCACCAUGCCCUCGUACGAGCCGCACUUCAAGACGGCGCUGGACCGUCGCCUCCUCAUCUCGCUCUAUGCCUCGCUACACGCGCACCUGCACACCCGCCCCGCCCAUCUCAAGAUCCACCACGGCACCAGCACGCACCACAUUAGCCUCGCGUGGACCACGCCGCUCUUCGAGCUCUACGCCAUUGCGCCCGGCACGACGUCGCGCGCCGCGCUGGCCCAGGCCGCCAACAAGGUCAUCCAGUGGGUGCGCCGCGAGGAGGAGCGCGUCUUUAUCAUUGGCGGCGCCGUUUUUUGAGGUAGGGUGGGUGUUUGCUUUUUGCGGAGAAACCCGGAGAGAAAAGGAGGGAGGGAGGGAGGGAGAGGGAAGGACAGGGGAAGCGGGUUUCGGCAGCCGGCGUCGUCGUUGCGGGUGCCUGCACGGUUCUGGACCUGCUGUUGCGAUGACGCCAACCAACACUGUGCCAUGUUUGCUUGGGAGGAGAGCUUGUCUCGCCCUGCUGCGUCAGCUUUUGCGUUGAGCGGCUGCUUGGAUGGCUGGCGUGGAGCGACGACGAGCGGCCAUUGGAUCAGUUACGAGUACUCUAGAGGCGCACACAUACACGAAGGGAAGACAAACGAGAAGACAAUCCACGUAAGAUACCAACAAUCAUAUUCAUACAUUCAUCGACCCAUCCAUCCAUACACCACUACCUAGUACUCUGAAAAAAAAAAAAAAAAGCCCUCACCACCACCUCUCCCC